ACAAUCAGCAUAUCUACUACUCUGAAAUGUAUGUUUAUGUUUUAUUAGGAGCGGCAAGGUAAGAGAAUUGAGUUGAAUUUGGCGCGGAGCGCGUGGGAGGCAUUGGCAAGUACAGUCUCAAUUCCGCGCUGAGAUGUUAAGGAGCGUACACGCGCUCGACAGUUUACCAUGAUGUCUCGAGUUCAGUCGAUGCUGUCGCAGAGGAAUCUCCAUCCAAAAUAGAUCCUAUGUCCGUUAUCGCCGUUUAAACGACUGAAUACGGCGUGCUGCUGUUGUUUUCUCCAAAAGGAUGCGAUAUUGACGGAAUCCCCCCUUAGAGGAGGCACGCGGACCUGUUCCACAAGCUCCACUGCGGAGAGCGCUCGAGACUCAGAAAUAAAUAACAGAAAUAUUGAGGUGAAGAAUCUGUGUGUGUCGACUGAUUGACUGAACGCAUUUUCCUUUUCCUUUUUCUGGUGAAUCUGUGUGGAAUGGACACAAUAAACACAAGGGCACUGGUGGAAUUACGCCGUUGAGAGCGCUGAACUUGACGGAUUUGUUUAUAAAGAAACAGCAAGGUUAUACGACGAAGAGUGAGGACACGGUGGAAUUCUUGACUUGUAUUUUGGAAAUGUAUUGCGAGGGUAUUAGAACACUGAACACUUAAGCUCCUGUCAAGGUGGUUCGCCGAAGGUCUGAGGGGGAAAAAUGCGCCGGGAAACGCUCCUUCUCUGUGAGGAAAUCUUGGUGGAUAACAUUCAGAAGACAUCGGUCAGUUUCACAGAUGGCACAUUUCAACCCCGACGAGUCUUCUUCACUGACACCUCGUGACACGCAAGGGGCUGAAGCCAGGAAUGAUGGGAGCUGUAGUCCGCUUGAUGGUCUUAUGGGCUUUGCUGGGCAGGUCACAGGCUGCAGAGAAGCCUCCAUCCCUGAGCAUAGCUGUGAUAUUGGGCCAAACUCCCACAGUGUCCGAAUCAGCCCUGCGUCCGGCUCGUGGGAUUGGUGCGCCUUUAGAUGUGACUGUACUCAGCAUCCAGGUGAAUCAGACGGACCCAGGGAGCAUGCUCACACAUCUGUGUGAGCUCAUGUCCCGACAGAGACUGCAUGGACUGGUCUAUGGAGAUGGCACUGACCAGGAAGCCGUGGCACAGAUGCUGGACUUUGUUUCCUCUCAGACUUCCAUGCCCAUACUGGGAAUCCACGGCGGCUCCGCCAUGACUAUGGCUGAAAAGGAUUCCAGUUCUUCAUUUUUCCAGUUUGGAGCCUCCCUCCAGCAGGAGGCGCUGUUGAUGCUUGCUAUAAUGGAGGAGUAUGACUGGCACGUCUUCUCGGUGGUCACCACCAAGUUCCCUGGUUUCCAGGAGUUCAUAGCCACUGUGCGCGUGACUGUGGACCACAGCUUUGUUCGUUGGGACCUUCAGAGCGUAGUGACUCUAGACGGUGUCGGUGAACCUGAGGACCGAGCUCAUGUGCAGCUCAAACGCAUCCAGUCACCCGUUAUCCUCCUCUACUGCUCCAAGGAUGAAGCAGCACUGGUUAUGGAGGAAGCCCGUUCGCUAGGGCUCACCGGGGCUGGCUUUGUGUGGAUUGUUCCUAGCCUGACGACAGGGAAUCUCGAACAUAUCCCGGAAGCCUUUCCGCCAGGAAUGAUAUCUGUGACCUAUGAUGAAUGGGAUUAUCCCCUGGAGACUCGCCUGCAGGAUGCUGUGGGAAUUAUCAGUUCGGCGGCCGCUGCCAUGUUCAGAGAAGAAGGCCGGAUACCUGAUGGAACAGCCAGCUGCUACGGCCAAUCAGAGAAGCCAGAGGUACCGCCAAGUGCUCUGCGCAGAUAUAUGAUGGGAGUCAAUCUUGGCGGUAAAGAUCAUUCAUUCAUGGAUGACGGCUACCAAGUCAAUCCCAAACUGGUUGUCAUUGUCAUGAACACGGAGAGGGAAUGGGAGAAGAUGGGACGAUGGGAAAACCACACUCUGAGGUUGAAGUUUCCAGUCUGGCCUCGCUAUAACUCAUUCGGCGACAUGGACGCUGAUGAGAAUCACUUGAGUAUCGUGACUCUAGAGGAAAGACCCUUCGUCAUAGUGGACGAUGUGGACAUCCUGACCGGCACAUGUAUGCGUAACUCUGUGCCUUGCAGGAAACACAUUAAAGAUAAUACCACAGAGGGCUCUUAUGUCAAGAAGUGCUGCAAGGGCUUUUGUAUAGACAUCCUGAAGAAGAUCGCCAGGAAUGUGAAGUUCACUUAUGAUCUCUACCUGGUCACAAAUGGCAAACAUGGAAAGAAGAUCAAUAAUGUGUGGAAUGGCAUGGUGGGGGAGGUAGUCUAUAAAAAGGCUGUAAUGGCUGUGGGCUCAUUGACCAUAAAUGAAGAGCGAUCAGAGGCUAUAGACUUCUCCGUCCCAUUUGUCGAAACUGGCAUCAGCGUGAUGGUGUCACGAAGCAAUGGAACGGUGUCACCCUCUGCGUUUCUAGAACCUUUCAGCGCUUCAGUGUGGGUUAUGAUGUUUGUCAUGUUACUCAUCGUCACAGCAAUCGCUGUUUUCCUCUUUGAAUUCAUCAGUCCACUUGGUUUUAAUAGAAACUUGGCACAGGGCAAAGACCCUCAUGGACCUUCCUUCACCAUCGGUAAGGCUGUCUGGCUGUUGUGGGGUCUGGUGUUCAACAACUCCGUCCCGGUACAGAACCCCAGAGGCACCACCAGUAAAUUUAUUGUGUCUGUAUGGGCCUUUUUCGCUGUGAUCUUCCUGGCCAGCUACACUGCAAAUCUGGCUGCUUUUAUGAUCCAAGAGGAGUUUGUGGACCAAGUCACAGGCCUUAGUGACCGAAAGUUUCAGAGUCCCUAUUCCUAUUCACCACCAUUCCGCUUCGGGACCGUGCCUAAUGGGAGCACAGAGCGAAACAUCAGGAAAAACUACCCAGCCAUGCACCAGUACAUGGUGAAAUACCAUCAAACUGGAGUGGUGGAUGCUCUGGUCAGCCUUAAGACGGGUAAACUUGAUGCUUUCAUAUACGAUGCGGCUGUGCUCAACUAUAUGGCAGGUCGUGAUGAUGGCUGUAAGCUUGUAACUAUCGGCAGUGGCUAUAUAUUUGCCACAACAGGAUACGGCAUUGCCAUGCAGAAGGGAUCCUACUGGAAACGGCUGGUCGAUCUUGCUAUCCUCGGGAUCAUUGGAGAUGGUGAGAUGGAGGAGCUGGAGGCCCAGUGGCUGACUGGUAUCUGUCAUAAUGAGAAGAAUGAAGUGAUGAGCAGUCAGCUGGAUGUAGAUAAUAUGGCUGGUGUGUUCUAUAUGCUCGCGGCGGCCAUGGCUCUCUCGCUAAUUACUUUUGUCUGGGAGCACCUCUUCUACUGGAGGCUACGUUACUGUUUCACUGGUCUCUGUUCUGGUCGGCCAGGAAUCCUCUUCACUAUCAGCAGGGGGAUUUGGAGCUGUAUUCACGGUGUCCAUAUCGAGUUGAAGAAAGCUCCUGAAUUGGACUUCAGCCCUCAGGCCAACAUGUUACACCUCCUGAAAUCGGCUAAAGAGAUCACCACCCUUGGAGUUACUUCGCCCAAACGCCCCAUGAGUAGCAUUCUCCCUCCUACAUCAGGGUUGCUGGAAUUAAUGGGUGGAGGAAAAGGCAACAACCUCGCUCCGAAAAAUGCACCCUACAGCAACACCAGCACCAUGCUCAGCAACCGCCUCAAAGAGCCUCUUAACAACACUCUGCUGCCAGGCCAGCGUGCUCUGAGCUUGACAGAUGCUCAGCCGGGUGUUGCUGGAAAUGGUGGCUCGGCAGGUGGAGGUGAGACCAUGCGGCCUCCUGCCUCCAAGCCACGAGCUCUGUGGAAAAAGUCUGUGGAGACCCUACGACAGAACCAAGGACCUGAGGAAAAUUCCCCGCCAUCUGCCCCACAGGCAGCUGAGACCCUACCCAUGAAGAGUCAGCGCUACCUGCCUGAAGAGGCUCCUUCUAUUGAUAUCUCAGACUGCUCUGCCCGAGUGGACUUGCAGAAACAACACAAGUUAAAAGAAACGAUUAGAAAACGGAACCGCUUACCGCGGGACUUGAGCGACGUGGAGCUUUCGACUUUGCGGAGCCAGCCCAGCCAGCAGAGCAACCACAGUGCUCACAUCUACUCUCAGAGCAGCCAGGGGAGCCAGAUUUACUCCAUUGACUCUAUUGACCAGGAGCACGGACUGCACUAUCCUGAUAUCUUCAGCGAUCACCGUGACAACAAGCAUCGUCCGCCUUCUUCCUCAGAGCAGCAGCCAAUCCUGCAGCUUAGCAGCAGUCUGCUGUCGCAGGCCCAUGAACCAGACGUGAUGCAAACCGCUGUCGCUAAGGAUAAGAAAUACAACACUUAUGGAAAGCCCGGAGGGGCGGGGAGCAUCGCCGGCGGGCCUGCUUCUACUCAGGAUCCACGACAGACACACUGCCGUAGCUGCUUGUCGAAAGUGUCCAGUUAUUCUGGGCUUUACACUGUACGGUCCCCUCAGUACCGCUGCGAUGCCUGCCUGCACUCGGGCAACCUGUAUGACAUCAGUGAAGAUCAGUUUCUCCAUCCAGAUGGUCGGGGCACUGGAGGUGGAAGUGUUGACAGGGCCUUCUCUCCUUUUCUUCCCCAGCCUGAUGCUUCCUUCACAGCCUAUCUUCCCCAGAGUGACCAAGAGGGCGACGGUCUCAUUAGUCACUACCAGAAUGAGGGCGUAAUCAUCCGCCAGCACUCGUAUGAGAACCUGCCACAGAAGAGCUCCUCUCGGCGGGUCAGCCUGCAAGACAACACACCGUAUGCCAACAUUCCCUCGGCGACUCUGAUGCCGGACAAGCCCCCGAAAACUCAGCCGGUGCACCUUAACCACACACUCAGUGGGGUGGGUGUCAGCGGGCUCGGCAUCGGCCGUCGCAGCAAGUCCAUGUAUCCAGCGCGCCCGACAGAAAACCCCUUUCUCCAGACGCUCCGAGACGACCAGCGCCUAGCUCACGGCCGCAGCUCCACAGACAUUUACAAGCAGCUGGUGCCGCUCACAUUAGGCCAGGCUGAUGGCAGUAUGCUCAGCAUGGGGAUGCCGACCCCUGACCUCUAUUACCCCGAGCAUGUCAUGCCUUAUGUAGCCCCUCCUCCUAUCGGCACGUACACCGCCCCUAGGGCAAUGAGCGCCGGGGGAGCUCGGCGAGUCUACAAGAGGAUGCCGAGCAUCGAGUCUGAUGUCUGAUACAGAGAGCGGCAGGUGGUCUGAGAGACUGCGAAAAAAGACAUGCAUGGAUACCACCACCAGGAUAAAACCCGGCUUAACCCGUGGGACUCUGUAAAGCUUUAUGACUGUGAGGCAAGCAAGUUUGGAAUAUAUUUUGUUUCCCUUCUUGGACUUAUCUGUCUGAACUGAAGUCAGAGUUCAACUUUACAUCAGGUCCUCCCCUCUAGUCGAGCGGCAGCUCUGUGUCUUCCAGAAAACAUCACAAACGGUUGGCAGGACGCUCUCGCGCCUUCGAGCGAAGGAAGAGCAGCAAAAGCUGCUUGGAAGUACAGGGGCAGCUCCAAAGAGUUUCCUUUUUUUCACGCAACACGAGCAACCAAAAAAUUGAGUAAAUAAAAACAUACGUGAAUAUCCACACUCUGCACUUUUACACUCACAGAAUACACACGCACAUGCAAGAGGCACUAACGAUAGCAAGGACAGAGUUAGGUAUAAUAAUAGAAUCUCUCUUGAUCAAAAAAUAUUACCACAGAUAAUGGAAUAGCGUAAAUGACAUGCUCUGAAAAGACAUGCUCUGAAAUAAAUUAUUGCUUAGCAGAUUCAGACCUGAUUGGGUUUUUGGAAAGGAGGCAGAACAUCUGUUACACUGUUUGAAUGCCUCUAAAUGCAUGUACAAAUGCAUUUGGAUGUAAAAGCUGCACUGAGGCACGUUCCACAAAGACUGCUCAGAGUUCAAAGAUUAGAUUUCCAUUCCAGCCUGAACUGUGACAAAAUGCACUACCUGAACGAUUAGUCUCGGGGGAAAUCUCUGAAAUCAAGUAGGUUAGAGAAUUUCAGAGCAGGAAAACAUGGUGCACACAAGGCCUGCGACUUGUUUGUGUCUCUGAAGACACGGAGAGGGAAAUAGUCUUCAACCCUCCCCGCCCUUGAAUCUGUCCGCCUGCAUGCAGAGCGCAAACGCAGGAAGGCACUCCUCUGCUCACCGCACAACAGUGUAGUAAGUGUCGAUGUUCGUUCAUCUCAAUUUGAUCAUCUUGAGCAUAUUUCUAUAGUUGUCUAGAAUAUACUGAAAAAAAAGUGAUAGUCGAUUUUUACACCGUUUUAUACACUGCCAAAUAUUUUGGGGGAAAAGGUGUGCAAAGCAUAUUAGAUAGAUUAGAAAUAUUUCAGAGAGCUGGGAAAAGAAAUGCAAGGAAGUGACAGAAAAAAGAGGUACUGUAUAAUGUUUGUUUUGGGGGGGUUUUGGGCACAGAGAAGGUGUAGACAAUGCUAAAGCCCACACCAACUAAUG